AAUGUCUAAUUAAGUGAAUUUCGGAGAAGGUAAAAUUAAUGAUAAUUACCCAUCUGCUAUAAAGACUAUGUUGGAAUAAGGAAAAGAUCCAAAAGAUUUAUUAAUUUAAUAUUGCAGACCAUAAUGUAAAUGGUAUGAUGAUAAAUACGACAGAUGUGUAAAAGCAUUCCUAUCAUUGAAAAAUGCUGAUCCUGAGAAGAAUUGUGUACAUUAAACUUAUAUUCUCUAAAUAGAUGUAUCCAUAUAGAGAUUUGGUGACAUGUGUUGAAGCAUGUGUUUAACCUAAAAUAUAGCAUGCACUCAAAGGCAAUGAACACGGUUUCAUAUUCCAUUGAA